AAACCUCUCACUGUAAGGAUCCUGCAUGAUUGAAGUUAUGUUUUGAGUUUGUUUCCACCAUGCCUGCUGAAGAUGUUGGUCCAGGUCGGGGUGAAAGGAGAAGGUUGCCAUGGCUGUUUCUGGUGCUGGUCAUUGCUGCAAUCACCUCCUCUUCCCUGUCUGUGAUCUCCCUGUACCAUGUGCUGGCCCUGCAGGCCGAGGUGGAGGGUUUGAGAGCCGAGGUGGUCCGCAAGAGAGAGGAGCAAAGCGGGACACUAGAGGAACCCAUGAAGGGGGCAGAAAAACAAACCCAUCAGCAGGAAGAAGAAGAGGACAAAGAGAGAAUUGAGUAUCUGCAGCAGACUGAGAUGGAUGAUACCAUAACAGACCAUACUGUCCUGUCAAAAAGGAGCCUGGGUCAUACUUCAAAUAAAGCAGAACCCCAGCCCUGCUUACAGAUGAUGGCAAACAACAAGAGAAACACAUUCCAGAAAGAGUUUGCUUUGGAAUUAUGCACAGCCAUCCCAUGGCAAGUCGGACUGAAGCGUGGCUCAGCUCUGGAGGAAGAGCAGGGCACCAUUUUAGUCAAAGAGGGAGGAUUCUUCUUUAUCUAUAGUCAGGUUUACUACACAGACUCUACGUUCGCUAUGGGCCACAUCGUGAUUCGUAUAAAGAAGAACGUCGUAGGAGACGAGAGUCAGCACGUUGUUCUGUUCCGCUGUAUUCAGAGCAUGAAUCGAGUCAAUCACUUCAACACGUGCUACACUGGAGGUGUAGUGAAGUUGGAUUCUGGGGACAGACUGGAGCUUCUGAUACCUCGUACUCAUGCAAAUAUUUCUCUGGAUGGGGAUUCCACCUUCUUAGGAGCAAUAAAACUGGCCUGA